AUGGAGUCAGACUUGCGGAAUACUCAUGUCACUCCCUUCGACCACAUCCUGAUCUCGCAACUGGCUCUGGCUGCUUUCCCUAAAGCUUUCGGUUGGUCUAGAGGAUCCAAUCCGACCGAGCAGUUCAUCUACAACACAACGUCCUUUCAAUUAACCUCACCGACUUCGAAUCUGGGCAUUAAUCCAGGUUGGGUAAACCUGACAGAACUAAGCCCGGAGGUUUUUGCGAAACGGCUAUCUCUUGUUCUGAACACCUACUACCAACUUACGAUUGCACCAAACGCAUAUCUUGGAAACCUUCCACAAAGCAACUCGUCGGCUUUCGGUCUUGAUACCAAGCCAGUAAACGAUGUCGAUGUCUACCUACUUCAAAACGAAACUACCCAAAACACUACCUUCGCAAACUGGUUCAGACCCUUUAAUCUGGCGACGUAUGACUCAGGAAUAUUCUUCAUCGGAGCGACGACAAACGCGACAAUUAGUAGGACACAUGACAUCUACCUUUGCAAUUUCGCUUGGCUGAGUCUGUUGCUCGUAGCUGCAGUUGCGAUAUUUCUGGUCGGCGUUGGGUCGUUGAUUCUCAAGCGGAAGACACUUGGUCCGGAGAUGUUUGGAUUUGUCACAAGCAUGACCUACGAAAAUCCAUACCUCGAUCUACCUGCGGGAGGCAACACCUUGGAUGCUAUGGAAAGAGCAAGAUUGCUGAAGGACGUUGAUGUGCACGUGGGCGACGUACGCGCCAGUGAGGACAUCGGGCAUAUCGCAUUCGCUGCGGGCACACCGAAGCGCAAACUUGAGAAAGGCCGCAUGUACUUUUAA